AUGCCGCUUCGCCUGCAGAGCCGCGUGGGCUUCCUGUUUUUGACUAUCUUGCUCCUCUUCGACGCGGCGCUCUCCCAGCAAUGCUCCGCCACGAACCACUGCGCUGUCGGUUGCUGCAGUCAGUGGGGAAGCUGUGGUUUCGGUCCUGAUUUCUGCGGCGCCGGGUGCCAGAGCACAUGCGAUGCUGAGCCUGACUGUUCUGCCACCAAGUUGUGCGAAACCGGCUGCUGCGGUCAGUUUGGGAGCUGCGGCUUUGGCCCCGAGUUCUGCGGUACGGGUUGCCAAAGCACCUGCGACGCCGAGCCGCAGUGUUCUCCAACCAAGCCAUGCGAGUCGGGCUGCUGCAAUCAAUGGGGCAACUGUGGGUUUGGGCCUGAGUUUUGCGGAGCUGGUUGCCAGAACAACUGCGAUGCCGUGGCUGACUGCGGUGAGUAUGCCGCCCCGGGGAAGAGCACAUGCCCCCUCAAUGUCUGCUGCAGUCCCCACGGCUUCUGCGGAACGACGGAUGAAUUCUGUGGCGACGGUUGCCAGAACGGUUGCAGCAACAUCCCACCGGCCUCUUGCUCAGGGGGCACUAGCGACAAGAAGACCAUUGGGUACUAUGAAAGCUGGUCCACCACGAGACCCUGCGAUGCGUGGUACCCAGAAGAUCUCAAUGUCGAACUGCUGACGCACAUCAACUUCGCCUUUGCCCUGGUCGGGCCCGACAACAAGAUCGCCACGGCCAACGCAUAUGACAUUGACCUGUACAGACGCACGACCAACCUGAAAGCCCGGAACCCAAGACUUAGGGUAUACAUUGCCGUUGGCGGGUGGGCCGCUGGCACCGCCGACUUCUCCCGCAUGGCGUCCACCGCCGGCGGGCGAUCAACUUUUAUUUCGUCGGUUUUGGCCUUCAUGAAGACGUAUGGGUUUGACGGCAUUGACCUGGACUGGGAGUAUCCAUCUGCUGAUGACCGGGGCGGCGUUGCUGCCGACAUGGCCAACUACGUGUCGCUGGUGAGCGAGAUGCGUGCUACCUUUGGGCAGCGGUACGGCAUCACGGUUGCUGUACCGAAUUCCUACUGGUAUCUGCGUGGCUUCGACGUUGCUGGGAUGAUCGAGCAUAUUGAUUGGUUUAACGUAAUGAGUUAUGAUAUUCACGGCACAUGGGAUGGAAACUCGAAGUGGACACAGCCAUUGGCGCUGCCACACAGCAAUAUCUCUGAGAUUAGGGACGGCCUGAAUUUGCUCUGGAGAAACAACGUCCCCCGGCAUAAGGUCGUUCUCGGCCUCGCCUUCUAUGGGAGAUCCUUCACGCUGAAGAGCGCAAGCUGCAACACUCCUGGUUGCGAGUUCCGGAGUGGCGCAGAGCCAGGGCCCUGCACGGGAACCUCGGGCGUGCUCUCCAACAACGAGAUUUUUUCUAUCAUUCAGGAAAAGGGGCUGACACCCGUUUUCGACCAAGAAGCGGGCGUUAAGUACAUUAACUGGGACGGCGAUCAAUGGGUAUCAUAUGAUGAUUGGGAAACGUUUGCCCUGAAGAAGGCCUUUGCUAACAGCGAGUGUCUUGGAGGGACCAUGAUCUGGGCAUUGGACCUCGAUGCAUUUGACCACCGGUCUCUGUGGGGAGUAGGAGGCUCCUUUGAGGGAUACGGAGCCGCCUACAAGGAAGGGGGUGCCGUGGGAGGGCCUCCGCCAUCCAAAGGCCUGAUUCAGGCAAAUAACCUGGCUAAAAAGGCAGACAACCAACAGACUAUCAUUGGGUUGGUAUCUCCCCAGCAAACUCAAUCAUCACGUAGCGGGCUUUUCGCAACUAACGUCGGCGGCGUAUCAAAGAUCUCGGGCGCCAUUCGUAACACGUGCGAUCCGGGCAAGUUCAGAAUCAUGUGCAUUGAAGACAACGUCGAUCCUCACGGCUGCAUCUGGUAUGGUAUGCCUCCAUCAUGCAACAGCCAGUGCCCUGCGGGAUCCAUCCUGCUCUUCAAGGGCUCGGACUGGAUCAAUGGUUUCGCCCGAGUAUGGGGCUGGUCCAGCGGCCUCACAUGUCGAAACAGUUACAGCUUUUGCUGCGAGAGAAUUGACAUCGCACCCAACGAGCUUGGGCAAUGCGAGCUCAAUGGCAAUAUCAGCCCUUACUUUGGUGCCCCCGGCGGUGGCUACUCGGGAGACAGCCAUAUUGCGCGGAGAAGGGUGGCACAGCUUCAGGAAUUGCAUCCCGCGCCGCUCCCCUCGGGCUACGUGAGCCCGGAGGAGUGUCAGUACCAGAGAGGCUCGCUGCAAGUCAUGGGCAGUCCGCUAAAUGGCGGCUCUUGGAUCUACCAGCUCCCGGGCCAGUGGAUCAACAACCCCGGCGGAAACGGCCUGCCUGCGCUGUUCGUGCCCCAUGGAAAGCCCGGCCCCGGCGGCCUGAAUCUGCCACCGCAGCAAGUGGGCGCGAACUGCGUGACCAUCACCCAGACAUUCGACACGACGCGAUACUACGCAGUGGAGACCAAGGUCUGCGACGGCAACAACUACCAGCAGGCAUGUUACCAUAUGCAGUCCGUCAUGACCCACAGCCUCGGCCUGGCUCCUGGCGCAACCAUCACGCUCACCUGUCCGGCGACGAGGUGGGCGGGCAACAGGCGAUGGGCUCCCGGGCUGUGGGACGCCAUGCACCACCGCGCCUGGCUUUCCUGGAUUCCCCGGCUGCCAGCGAACCAAGGCCUCUGGUGCGAGCGAGACGAGUUUCCAUACUUUGCCUUCAUCGGCGAGCCGGGGUUCAGCUGGCAGUACAUCCGCCUCAUCCCCAAAACCCACAACGCCGGGGCCGGGCAGCUCGCCAACGGCUUCUGCCCCAUGUUUGCCGAGACGACCAUCGAGACGACCAUCAACACUCUCAACGGCAGAAACGGGCAGCUGACGUGCUGGGAAACGGUGGACCGAACGACCAGCCUGAAGCGCAUGUUUGUCGAGAACAUCAACAUCCCGGACCACAACGGCAACCAGGGGCUGGCGCUGAACCCGUGCCUCCCGACCAUUACCAACGACCCGGGAUACGCGCUGUACACCGACGACCGCUACUACGCCCGGAACGGCCUCGGCUAUCCACCGUACUGGUGGGCGCCGGCACCCAGUCUGACCGUAGGCCACGUCAAGCCCGUGCCCAACGCAGGCUUCAUCGACGGGUUCGGGAAGCGCGACGGCGACAAUCUGAUCGAGUUCCCGGCCGACCAGGAACAACCGCCCGCCGGCGCGCCCCCGAUCCGCAACCCGCUGGGAUUACGCCCAUUUCCACCUGUGGGGGGCAACAGAAAGAAGCGCUCCGCAAACCACCAGGGAAACGACAACGACAACAGCUUCAAAAACGACGAGUUCAACCUCCCCGAGCACUCCUACCUAGCCGUCGUGCUCGAGCUCGCGCGGCGGGCCGCGACGGACCACACGCCAGAUUGGCGGGCGGCGGCGCUGGGGUUCGGCAUCAGCGACGGCAACCGCACGCGGGCGCCGACGCGCGCCGAGCUCCUACAACAAUUCGGGGUGCUGCGGUGCGCGUCCGAAAACUGCGAGCGCGAGCUGGACGCCGUCGGCCGCGACGAGCGUGGCAACUACAAGCUGCGGAGCGGGCCUGUUGCGUAUGAGACCGUGACGGGAGCGGCGACGGCGGCUGAGACGGGGGGUCCGGCGCAACAGGCCGCGGCGAGCCUAUGUGCUACGGCUACGGUGGCUGCGUCGACGGAGAGUGGUGGCGGCGCGGCGGAGACUAGGGCGGGUCGUCCCGGAAGAGGGAGAGGCCGCCAUGAUCGCCGGGCGUAUGAUGAGUAUUAUCAGCCUCAUGCCCCUACUCAUGCGCCGGUGGUCACCUUUGAGAAUAGGGGGUGA